AUGGCCAGCGCAACACCCAUCCAGAACAGGCCGUACCGUUCGCAUAAAGUACCCGCCUGCACAAGAUGCCGAUCGCGAAAGAUCCGCUGUCAUAUCGACAUCCCAGGAGAACCAUGUCUGUCGUGUCGCGAGAGGCGUCUGAAGUGCCAGUAUGUCGAAAGCUCCACGACAAGCUCUCCGACAGACGAGGGCGGAGAUCGUCGACCAUCGAAGCGGCGACGGCAUAGCGAACCGGAGGAGGGCCCAGCGCGACCUCGUUCGGCACCAAUCCUGCAUAAGGCUACCAACAAUCCUUCUGCUUCUAUCAUGCUGGCACCGCAUCUGGCCGAGGAUGUGGACAUCUUCAAUCGCCACAUCUCCCAGCACCGCAAGGUCGGCAGCGAGGCCGAACCUUCCAAUUAUCAAACGCUCCUGCACGACACCAAGGAUCCAGUCGUCUACCUUACUGUGCCGAGGUUUCGCACCGGUCUGCCUCCUAAUAGUGGCUGUGGAAGGGAGCAGCUCGAGAUCGUUGAGCAGGUCAUGGGGCCGUUUAAGCGCGAAGUGGUGGAGCUCUACUUCAAGCACGUUCAUUAUCAUUUCCCUGUCCUGGAUGACGAGACCUGCGAGACGCUACGCAGUGGUCAGCUUUCAAAAAUAUCUAAUAGCCUGAUGUGCGUCCUGUAUGCCAUCGGCUCACCACUAUGGCCCAGGUCAGAGACCCUCAAGAUGCAUCCUAGACCAGACUCUCACUAUGUCUGGAACAAAGGCAUAUCCGCCACACUGGAGGACUUUUUGAGCCCUGGGAUGCCGACUAUUCAGGCAGCCGUGCUCGAUCAAGUCGGACGCCCUUCAGUCUCCAUCAUCGGCAAUAUCACGCUGUGCGGGCGGACAGUUUCAUUAGCCCAGACGUUUGGGCUCCAUAGAGACCCCUCAAAAUGGAACAUCACGGAAAAUGAAAAGUCUGUCCGGAUACGGCUCUGGUGGUGUGUUCUAAUCACCGAUCACUGGUCCAGCGCAGCAUACGGCGCGCCUCCACACAUCUCACAAGGCUACUACGACGUGCCCAGGCCCACUGUCAGUUUCCUCAUAAGCCCCAAAGCGACCCUGCAACAGAAGCAAGCAACAACCUGCUUCGUGCAUCUCUGCGCCCUAACUGAGCUUCUUGGGGAGAUCCUUCCUCUCGUCUACCAAAUCGAACCAGACCGUCAGCAGCUUGCCCGAGAGAUUGGGCGGUUCAAGGGCAAAUUAAAAGAUCUGGAAGCGCAACUACCAGAAUGGCUCCCUCUUCCGAAUCGCCCAGGGACACCCAUGCUGUGGCUUUGUUUUCUUUCUAUCCGCCUUGUGCUCGCCCGCGUCAUAUUUCGCUCAGCAGUGCUUGACGGCGACAGCAGCCUAGGCCGCGACCGCAUGGAUCAACUCCGCAUCGCCUCCUCCGCCGUCCUCGACUUCAUACUGACACUGGGCCAAAUCCAAUUCCAGGACUUCUGGCUACCCUACGCGACUCAUCUACUCGUGCAUGCCAUCACAGUCUCCCUCCGCUGCACCGUGGAGACCCAAGACCCCGAGAUACGCAACACGUCCGUGUCGCGCCUAGAGCGUGUCAUCGCGCACAUACAGUACGCUCACGACAAUUACGACUGGGACCUUGCGCUCUACUGCUUGGAGCGGUGCGCGGACCCGGUGUCGAGAAUCGCAUCGCUCAAUUCCAGAGAGCCUCCCCAGCCGUCUGAAACGGAGCUCACGAGCGUCGUUGCGAAUGGAAACGGAGUCGAUCUGCAAUCGAUACCCGCCCUGGAUGAUGCAACGUUUCUUUUGUCUGAUAUAUUGGAUCCGAACGCGUUCGACUUCUCCUGGGAUGCGUUGUGGGAUACACCGUCUGGCAUGACAAACUUUUCGAUUUGA